AUGCAACCGGUGCGCUCCCUCUUCCUUCGCCUGCAGCAGCAGCAGCAGCAGCAGCAGCAGCAGCAACAGCAGCAGCAGCAGCAGCAGCAGCAACAGCAGCAGCAGCAACAACAGUACCACAUGGGGUCUCCACAGACAGGGCCCUUCGGCGACCCUCCGCUGUCUCCUGUCUCCCUAUACACCCCAAAUGUGUCUCCUCCCCCCCACACUUUCCCCUCAACCGAAGCAGCAGCAGCAGCAGCAGCAGCAGCAGCAGAUUCUCCAGCAGCAGCAGCAGCAGCAGCAGGAGCAGAAACAGCAGCAGGAGUAGAAGCUGCAUCACCAGCUGCAGCAGAGGAAUCUUCCCCGCCUGGCGUCCCCUCAGCAGCAGCAGAUUCUCCAGCAGCAGCAGCAGCAGCAGCAGGAGCAGCAACAGCAGCAGGAGUAGAAGCUGCAUCACCAGCUGCAGCAGAGGAAUCUUCCCCGCCUGGCGUCCCCUCAGCAUCAGCAGCAGCAUCAGCAGCAGCAGCAGCAGCAGAAGCAGCAGCAGCAGCAGCAGCAGCAGCAGCAGAGGAGGGUUUACUGUCUCCUCAGCUCCUACAUCUUCUUCUUUUGGUGCAGCAGCAGCAGCAGCAGCAGCAGCAGCAGCAGCAGCAGCAGCAGGAGAUACACUAUCUUCUUGGCUAUCAGAUGAAGCUGCUGCUGUCUCUCUUUUUCUACAUAAAGAAGGCCUAG